UUGCUGUAGUUUUUAAUGGCACAGGCACAUCCUCCUUUAUCCUGGGGCUAAGGCAGUUUGCAUAUAUUAACUAGAGCUUCCUAAUUUCUUGUAGUGAAAAGAAUCCUGCUCCUCAUCUUUCAAUCAGUUCUGGAGAGCAGCAGCCUCUGAAAUGCCACAUUGAGAACAAGGAGGGCAAAAUUGCCCUGCUCAUAGGCAGGAAAUGUGCCAUUUUCCCAUCUGGCUGUUGCUAUUGUUUGUGUUGAAGCUCAGGGGAUGCAGUUUUCCUUGCAAGGAUCUAUCAGGGAGCCAAAAUCCAGCCUUUGCCAUUGCAUCUGCUCCAGGACGUGUGUGCUCUGCUCUGUGGAAACUGUGAGUGGUGCUGAGCCGUGGCCAACCCCAGACUCUAAACCAAAAGGGUGUUGUGGACAGCAAAACAGCCUCACCUGAACUCUAAACCCUCCUCUGCUGUUUUUUGGACUGGGGAAGGGAUUUUGGAUCCAGCUCAGCAGAAGGGCUGGAAUCAGCUGUGGGAUUGCUGCUCACUGGGCCAUGGUGGGAUGCAGGUAUGGAUGGGAAUCAUUCAUGGUGCUACAAGGGGUUGCAUUGACUUUUGAGGCAGAUUUACUGUAGGUGAGGAGUGCUUUGCUGUGCCCAUGCCCUGGAUAAGCAGGAUGCCGAUCCAUUCUCCCUGCACGCAAAGUACUGAGGCUGGGCUCGGUAUCUGCGGCUUGCUGGGGCAGGAAUUUCCCUGGCAUUCCAGCCAGGAGUCACCUGAGCUCUGAGGGUGACACCUCCCAGUCGUGCCAGGGGGAAACUGGGAGGAGAAACCCCUGCCCCGGGAGGUCGGGGAGCUCCCUCAGUCUGCCCUGAGCCGGCAGAUGAAGCCGAGCAGCCCUCGGGGCUCCUUCCCACCGUCUCUCAGCCCUUUUCCUGUGGGAUGGUGCUUGUGCGGAGGGAGGCUCCGGAGGGCUGUGCCUGCCCGGCCAGGUGUGCGAGGGAGCGGUGAAUGCCAGCCCUGCGUCAUUCCCAGCCCUCCCAGCUGGGAUAAAACUUCUCCUCACCUGGGAUCCCAUCUCACUGAUCGCAGCUCCCACCUUUCCUCCCUGCCAGCCCCUCGGGACUGAGAACAAAGUGGAUUUUUGACUGAGGGGACGGGCAGCCGCAGAGAGUUAUGUGGGAUCGAGGGCUGGCUGCACUCCUCGCCGGACCGGGACUUGACAUUUAACCGGAAAGAGAAAAGGGACACAAAAUAGAGAGGAGGGAGAAAGGAAAAAAAAAAAAAAAAAAAGGGAAAUAAAAGCCCAAAGCUGGAAAUCGGCGAAGCAGCACGUUCCCCCUCUGCCUUCGGAAGAAUUUCUUGGCUUGGUGUGUGCGUGCCUGUUAUUCGGCGGAGGAUUUGGACUCUCACUCGGACCCAGCGCUAAUGAGGAGGAAGAGGAUGAAUGUGCUGCCACGGGCGUGUGCCAGGCUGCUCCUCCUGUCCCUGCUCUGCGCCAGCGGUGUUUGCCAAUGGAGCAAAAACAACCGCUGCGUGCUGUCUCGGGCAAAGAGCUGCACCGAGUGCAUCCGGGUGGAUAAGGACUGCUCCUUCUGCACCGACGAGAGCUUUGAGGAGCCGCGCUGUGACCUGCGGGAGAACCUGCUGCGCUCGGGCUGCGGCGAGGCCAGCAUCGUGUACACCCAGGGAGAGAUGAGGACACUGAAGAAUUCCAGUAUCAACGUGUCCCUGCAGAGGACCCAGGUGUCUCCCCAGGCCAUGUACAUGAGGCUGAGGGCUGGCGAGGAGAUGAGCUUCAACAUGGAUGUCUUCCAGCCCAAGGAGAGCCCUGUGGAUCUCUACAUCCUCAUGGACUUCUCCUACUCCAUGUCUGAUGAUCUGGACAACCUCAAAAGCAUGGGGCAUAACCUAGCGGACUUCCUGCAAGCCCUGACUUCCAAUUACACCAUCGGAUUCGGCAAGUUUGUGGACAAAGUCUCAUCCCCUCAGACAGAUAUGAGACCCGAAAAGCUGCGUGAGCCCUGGCACAACGCCGACUCCCCGUUCUCCUUCAAGAACGUCAUCCGCCUGACCAGCAACAUCAACCACUUCAGCCAGGAGCUCAGCAAGGAGCGCAUCUCCGGCAACCUGGAUGCCCCCGAGGGCGGCUUUGAUGCCAUCCUGCAGACAGCUGUUUGCAAGGAUAAGAUUGGCUGGAGAAAGGACAGCACUCACCUGCUCGUGUUCUCCACCGAGUCUGCCUUCCACUAUGAAGCUGAUGGUACCAACGUCCUGGCAGGGAUCCUGGCGAGGAACGACGAGCAGUGUCACCUGGACAGCCACGGCACCUACGUGUAUGACACCAAGCAGGACUAUCCUUCAGUGCCCACCCUCGUGCGCCUCUUGGGCCAGCACAACAUCAUCCCCAUCUUUGCUGUCACCAACCACUCCUACAGCUACUAUGAGAAGCUGCACAAGUAUUUCCCCAUCUCCGAGAUCGGGGAGCUCCAGGAAGACUCUUCCAACAUUGUGGAGUUGCUCCGCGUAGCCUUUGAGCGCAUCCGCUCCAAGAUGGACAUCCGGGCUGACUUCACCCCCAGAGCCCUGAAGACAGAGUUCACCUCCCCGGAAUUUGAAAAGACAGAAUCUGGCUCCUUCAACAUCACCCGUGGAAAAGUGAGCAAGUUCCACAUGCACGUGAAGGCUCUGGAGUACGUUGGUGGGCAGCACGUCUGCAGCCUCCCUGAGAAGGACCGGCAAGGAGUCAUCCACGUGAAACCCACGUCCCUGAGCGACAGCCUGACGGUGUCAACUGCUGUCAUCUGCGACGUGUGUCCCUGUGAGCAGCAACAAGAGUUGGACUCGCCCAAGUGCAGUUUCCACGGGAACUUUGUGUGUGGACAGUGCAUCUGCCACCCGGGCUGGCGAGGGGACACGUGCGACUGCUCCCCGGCGUCAUCCCCCAACAACGAGGCCUGUGUCCGCCCCGGGGACGCGGAGCCGUGCUCGGGACGGGGCGAGUGCCUGUGUGGGAAGUGCCAGUGCUACUCCGAGGAGCAGAGCCUGCGCUUCGACGGCGCCUUCUGCGAGUUCGACGUCCUGCAGUGCCCGCGCACCUCUGGCUUCCUCUGCAACGAUCGUGGCCGCUGCUCCAGGGGUGCCUGCGUGUGUGAGAGCGGCUGGGAGGGCCCAGGCUGUGAAUGUCCCACCAGCAACGACACCUGCAUCGACAGCCGAGGGGGCAUUUGCAAUAACCACGGGAGGUGUGAAUGUGGCAGAUGCAUCUGUGACAUGGCUUCGCUGUACACCAGCUCCACCUGUGAAAUCAGCUACUCUCUGGGCUUCCAGGCUGUCUGUGAGAGCAUCCGGGACUGUGUCCGCUGCCAGACCUGGGGGACAGGCAACCUGAAAGGGAACUGCAGCUCCUGCCACCUCCAGGUCCAGCUGGUGGAGGAGCUGAGGAAAGAGGAGGCUGGUGAGUACUGCUCCUUCCAGGAUGAGGAUGAUGACUGCACCUACCACUACACCCUGGAGGGAGACCCCAGUGUCCUCCCCAACACCACUGUGCGUGUGCAGAAGAAUAAAGAGUGCCCACCUGGAAGCUUCCUCUGGCUCAUCCCACUGCUCAUCUUCCUCAUCCUGCUCCUGGGGCUGCUGCUCCUGCUCUGCUGGAAGUUCUGUGCCUGCUGCAAGGCUUGCCUGGCCCUGCUUCCCUGCUGCGCACGAGGUCGCACUGUUGGCUUCAAGGAGGACCACUACAUGCUCCGCCAGAGCCUCAUGUCCUCCGACCACCUGGACACGCCCCUGGUGCGCAGCGGGUCCCUCAAGGGCCGCGACACGGUCCGCUGGAAGAUCCACAACAACGUCCACAAGCAGGGCGUCACCUCCCCCGCUGCCACCAAGGACCUCAUUCCGUACGGGCUGUCCCUGAGGCUGGCCCGGCUUUUCACGCAGAACCUGAUGAAAACGGAGACCCGGGAGUUCGAGCAGCUGCGCAAAGAAGUGGAGGAGAACCUGAACGAGGUUUUCAAGCACAUUCCUGGCUGCCACAAGGUCCAGCAGACCAAGUUCAGGUUACAGCCUAAUUCUGGGAAAAGGCAGGAUCACACCAUUGUGGACACGGUGCUCACUGCCCCUUACUCAGCCAAGCCAGACAUCAUCAAAGUGGUGGAAAAACAUGUUUCCCACGAAGCCUUCAACGACCUGAAGGUUGCACCGGGUUAUUACACUGUGACCUCAGACCAAGAUGCUCAGGGAAUGGUGGAGUUCCAAGAGGCCGUGGAGCUGGUGGAUGUCCGUGUCCCGCUCUUCAUCAGGGACGAUGAUGAUGAUGAGAAGCAGCUGCAGGUGGAGGCCAUCGAGGUCCCCAACGGCAUCGCAAAGAUUGGGCGCAGGGUUGUCAACAUCACCAUCAUCAAAGAACAAGCCAGCAGCCUCAUCACCUUCCUGCAGCCAGCCUAUUCCCACAGCCGCUUUGAUAAGCUGGCCAAGAUCCCUGUCCUCAGGGAGAUCAUAGACAACGGGAAAUCCCAAGUCACCUACAGGACCCGGGAUCUCACGGCCAAGAAUGGCAGGGACUACAUCUUCACGGAGGGCGAGCUGGUCUUCCAGCCUGGGGAGACCCGAAAGGAGGUGCAGGUGCCCUUGCUGGAGCUGACAGAGAUAGACACCCUCCUCAACAACUGCCAGCUCAAGCAAUUUGCUAUCGACCUCCUGCACCCCAAGUACGGCGCCAAGAUUGGUCGCUACCCCCAGACCACGGUGACCAUUGCUGACCCAGAGCUGGUGGAUGGUGUCCCCUCAAUGACUGGCCUGGCCCAGGUCCCCCAGUCCCCCAAAGGCCGCCUGAGUGCACCGCUUAAUCCCGAUGCCCGGGCUCUCAGCUCCAGGGAAAUCAGCUUCAACUGGUUUCCUCCGCCAGGAAAACCCCUGGGGUACAAGGUGAAAUACUGGAUCCAGGGAGACCCUGAGUCCGAAGCCCAUCUUAUUGAUGUCAAAACCCCAUCAGCAAAGCUGACAAACCUUUACCCCUUCUGCGACUAUGAGAUGCAAGUCUGCGCCUACAACGCCGUGGGAGAAGGGACUUACUCGGACAUCAUCCACUGCCGCACGCUGGAGGAGGUGCCCAGCGAGCCCGGGCGCUUGGCUUUCAACCUUGUGUCUUCCACCACGACCCAGCUGAGCUGGGCUGAGCCUGCAGAAACCAACGGGGUGAUCACAGCCUACGAGGUCGGCUAUGGGCUUGUCAAUGAGGACAACAUACCCAUUGGGCCUGUGAAGAAGGUGCUGGUUGAAGACCCCAAGAAGCGCAUGGUGCUGAUCGAGAACCUGCACGAGUCGCAGCCCUACCGCUACACGGUGAAGGCGCGGAACGGCGCGGGCUGGGGGCCCGAGAGAGAGGCCACCAUCAACCUCGCCACGCAGCCCAAGCGCCCCAUGUCCAUCCCCAUCAUCCCUGAUGUCCCCAUCAUUGAUGCAGAGGGAGGUGAGGACUAUGACAGCUACUUGAUGUACAGCACAGACGUGCUCCGCUCUCCGGCCGGCAGCAAGAGGCCCAGUGUCUCUGAUGAUUCAGGCUCCAGGUGGAAAUUUGUGCCGUUGCUGGGAGAAGACCUGGACCUUCGCCGCAUCACCUGGAGGCUCCCACCCGAAACCAUUCCCCGCCUCUCUGGCAGCAGCCGCCUCUCCUCGGACACCGAGGGGCUCCUCCAGGAGGAGGACAGCGCUGUGGCUCCUGGCAGUGUGAGGAGGAGCGGGACGCCCCGGCCCCAAGCAGAGCACUUGAUGAAUGGCCGUGUGGACUUCUCCUUCCCUGGCAGUGGCAGUGGCACCCUGACCAGGACAGCCAACACCAGUUACCACCAGCUGAGCUCCCACAUGCACCAGGAGCACAGGGUGAUGGGCAGCUCCUCGCUGACAAGAGAUUACUCCACAAUGCUGAUGGGGCAUGAUUACCCAGGGACACUCCUCCCUUCCAUCCGUGAAGAUGCUGGGAGGACACUCCUCCGGCCCCGGGACGUGGGUUUCAGGAGCAGGGCAAAGGUGAAGGGUUACUACCCCAGCAUUGGCUGUCGGGACUCUAUAAUCAUGACUGAUGGGUCCACAGGGAUGUGCAAGUACAUAGACUCCAGGAAGCCACUGGGCAUCCCUGACACCCCCACCCGCCUGGUGUUCUCUGCCCUGGGCCCCACGUCCCUGAAGGUGAGCUGGCAGGAGCCACGCUGCGAGAAGGAGGUGCAGGGCUACAGCGUGCAGUACCAGCUCCUCAACGGAGGAGAGGUGCACAGGAUCACCAUCCCCAACCCCAGCCAGAACUCAGUGGUGGUGGAGGACCUGCUGCCCAACCACUCCUACAUCUUCAAGGUGAAGGCGCAGAGCGAGGAGGGCUGGGGCCCUGAGAGGGAGGGAGUCAUCACCAUCGAGUCCCAGGUGGACCCGCAGAGCCCGCUCAGUCCCGUGCCAGGCACCCCUUUCACCCUGAGCACCCCCUGUGCCCCUGGACCACUGGUUUUCACUGCCCUCAGCCCAGAUUCUCUGCACCUCAGCUGGGAGAGACCCCGCGAGCCCAAUGGGCCCAUCCUGGGCUACAGGAUCACCUGUGAGAGGCUGCAUGGAGGAGGGGAGCCCAGGACCAUCUAUGUCGAAGGAGACAACCUGGAAACCACCCUGACCGUGCCCCACCUGAGUGAGAAUGUCCCAUACAAGUUCAAAGUGCAAGCCAACACCACCCAAGGCUUCGGGCCGGAGAGAGAAGGCCUCAUCACCAUUGAAUCUCAGGACAGAGGUGCUUUCUCCCAAUUUGGAGGACAGCAGUACAUGAGAGAAGUUUACAAAUUCCCCGCUGAAUACACCACCAAAACCAGCAUCAGCCAUUCCUCUCUGGAUCCCCACUUCACAGACGGGAUGCUGGUGACCACCCAGCGCGUGGAGAACUCCAGCAGCACCCUCACGCAGGAGUUUGUGAGCCACACGGUGAUGGCCAGCGGGACCCUCACCCAGCAGGUGGAGAGGCAGUUCUACGAGGCCUGAGCCGGGGCAGGCCGAGCACCAGCAGGACUUUUGGGAUCAGGUGCCAGGAUUUCAUGGAACGACCCAAGGGUGCUUCAUCCAGGUGGUGCCUGGGCAGCUCCUCCUGCACAGAGCCUCUGGGGCACUCCAGCCUCUGGGUUUGUCCUUUGGAGCCCAGCACACUCAGAGCUCUGGCACAGCUGGGUGUGUGAGCUCAUCCUUCAGGGCAGAAAUUGGGGUGUCUCCGUGGCUUCAGCCUCCCCAGGUAAAUGGAAUUGGAAUGAUUUUAUUGCCAGGUCCACGGUUUUGAGAGGAUCUCAGAUGUCAAAACCAUGAUUUAUAGAGGGUCACCAUUUCCAUUUUUGCUCCAGGCUCUCUGGCAACUCCCCUGUUCACUGGAGUUGUUUUGUUCAGUAUGGGGGUUUUGUGAGAGCUGCAAGGUAGGGUUUUGGGGUAACUUGUGCUUCCUUAUUGCACCUAUUUGUGUCUGUCCUUUGCUGCUGACAUUUGGUACCACGAUAGCAAAGAAUAACCUUUCAUUUGUGUUGCGUUAUUUGAUGGCCUCUGAUGCUUUUUUUUUUUUUUUGGCAUACAACAUUGUACAGUUUUCAUAGUAUAUAUAUAAAUAUAUAUAAAUGUAUUUUAUUAUUUUAUAAAAAAAUGGAGGUGGAUGAGGAUGAGAUCUAUGCUGAAUGUGGAGGUUACACUAGGAUUGUGGCUGCUGGGAAAAAUGAGUAAGUGGAAGAAAUGAGUUAAGGGCUUGAUCCAAAGGCCACUUGAACCCUGUGAUGAAGCUGGUGGGCUCUGCCUUGGACCUUGUAUCCUUCAGCACCAGAGGUUCCAGAUCCACUCACUGCAGAACAUCUCCCAGCUGGAGCACUUGGACACAGAAGGGCUGGGAGCUUCCUGGAGGUGAGGGAUGGGAACUGCACUGAGAUUCCUCACACAGCUGAUGUGGAGUGAGAUUUUGGGACAGAGGAUGUUGGGUAUCUUUUAAAAGACUUUUUGCCCAGCAGCAACAUCCAUAAAGGGACUUGUGCUCCAUCAGUAAACACAAAAGAAGAGCAGGCCUGGGAACAACAGGCACUCCCACCAUCCUGAAUGAGUCUGAGAUUCCUUCAGCCCCAGCUUCAGCUUUCCUCACACAGGGCUGGGCUGAGCUGAAACCCUGCUGGGUUUCAUGUCCCAGUGCUGGGCAGGAUCCCUGGAGGCUCCCAGCCCUCCCUCUGCCAGGGAAAACAAGCAGACUCCCUGCAAGGUUUCCCUGGUGUGUUGCAGCUGCAUGGGAGCAGGCGAGGAGCCUGCCUGGAGCAGCAGCUGCCAUGCUCUGGGUUAGAGCUUCCAACCAAAGCAGCAGCUGCCAGGGCCCUGACAGCAUCACCGGCCUGCUUCGAGCUCACAGUGAACCUUGGCUUUCUUUUUGUGGUUUUCUUUAUUGCUUUUUUAAUUUCUUUUUCCUUAUGGACUCUGAAACAAAGAGCUCACCACCAACAGUUCCCUCUCCUCUUCAGGCUUUUUGUUUCACUGGGGGAAGGGCUGUACACCUUUCAGCCAAAGAUGGAUGUGGGUGGAUCAAGUCCACAGGACUCUCCACGACUGCAGAUGGAGCUGGGUCAGUUUUGAACUUGGCUCAAAGGAUCCUUCACCAACCCUGAGGUUUUACUGUGCUUUCAAGAAGCACUUCUUUCUCCUGAGCAAGUGCCAGUGGCACGAGGCUGCCUCCUUCCCUGCUCCCAUCUUGCCUGGGGUUGGGAUUUUCUCUCCUCCUGCUCAAGGACUCUGUGACCCUUUCCCUGGGCUUUGUGGUCCAGGGUCCAACACUGAGAACUGCCUAAACAGGGAGUUUCCCAAGCAUUUUAACCAAAGAUGAUCCUGUUCUCCAAGAGCAGAGCAUGGCUGGCUGCUCUCCAGGGAAUCAGGCUUUCCCCACGCACAUGCACUAACCCAGGCCUGUCUUUUUAAAUUUCAUCUGGUUGUUGGAGCUGGUGCUGUUUCAGCCUUUCCAAGAUGGAUACAGAGCAGGUCUUUGAUCAGAUGGCUUCCUCUUGCACUUAAUAAAUAUUUUCUCUAUA